CUACCCCAAAGAUGGACUUCAAAAACCUGGAGCCUGAGCUCUUAAAAGGUCUUCAUGUGGAAGGUGAUACUACAUUUGUGAACAGUUUGCAGUCAGAGCAUUUCGGUGAGCCAAUUAGAGAAUUGUCAUAUAGGAUAUACUUGUACCCGAAUGAAAGAACAGAGUUGUUGCUUAGUAACAUGUUAGAAGGUCGACAGAUCAUUGCCAGUAUGACAGGGUUUAAAACAUUUGCAGAGAGAGCUCUGAAAGGAACACUCGCUGAAAGUCCUGGUACUUUGUUACAUUUGUACAUGGAUAUUAUAGAAAAAUCAAACUCAAUGAUUUGGAGCUAUUAACUUUCCCAUCUUUGAAUCAGAAACAGUCUGUUGUUAAAGAUAUGUUUAUACUCAAAUUUGAUUUUUGGAUUACUUUUUAACUGUGAAGUCAUUCCUUAAGCUGCAUGCCUCCAGAUAAGUAAAAAAAAAAAAUCAAGAAAAUCAACUUUAAAAAAAUGAAGAUUUUAAGAAAAGUUGAAAUAUUCACAAUUUAUGUAAAUAAUUAUCUAUAUUUUAUAUGCAGUGAAUGACUGAUUUUGAGGUACAUGUAUUUUUUAACAUAUUUCUACUGCUAGACUAAAGCAGUAAUGGCUAUUUUUGCACACUAUUAGUUUGACCUGUAGGUAAUUUACUCGAAUUGAAACACAUUCGCUGGACGAAUCCCGGACAAUCCCUCUCCCGGACGAUUCCCCUUCCAUAUUAUUUUCACAACCCGGACAUUUCCCCUCCCGUUAUUUUAAUAGGGCGGACUUUUCCCCUCCCGUUAAUUUAGCAGAGCGGACAAUUCCCCUCCCAUUUUUUUAGCAGAGCGGACAAUUCCCCUCCCGUUUUUUCACAUUGUUUAUAAAAAAAAUCUAUAACCAUUCUUAUUAAAGAUGACAGUUUUUACUCUUAACAAUAAACUGUUAAAGAUCGGAACUUUUAACAAUCAUUAUUUCACUAAAGUGACAUUAUACCGCCUUUAAUCAUUGCUGCCGUUGCUUAAGAUAAACAAACUGUCAAUAAAGAAUCUUUAAUCAUAGCCGCCCUUAAUUAAAUGUGUCCUUGAUUGCAAAACCAAUUAAAAAUGAAGGAGAAUAUUCCUACAAAUGUGUUCAAUCAUAUAUAAAAUCAAAAUGAUCACUGAUACUUUGUGUUAGGACUUCAUGUACUGAU